AUGGUCGACGAACAAGUCCCCGAGGAUCAAAGGUCGGAUGUCAAAGGUGAAACUGCGACAAAUUCUGUGAACGAAUUGUGGGGAGAGAUCAAUUCUUUAACACUGAAGCAACAAGUUGACAAUGUAGUCCAACAGAAAAAUGUGGAAUUAAUGUCGAAAAUGGAAAAAAUCGUCGAUAAUGUGCGUACAUUGCGACGCAUUCAUCAAUUUGUGGCAGCGCGACAGGCGGAAAUUAAUAACGACCUCGCUACGUAUUGGUUUAACUCACCCUAUCAUAAGUGGAUCAUGACGUAUGUGCUUGUUGAGCCCAUAUUGCUGACGUUAUUCCCGUUGCUUAAAUGA